UCCUCGGGUUAGACUCAUUCGUUCAAAACGUGACAGCAUCGUAAGCUAAACCAAUGCAGUCAGAGCCGGAAAGAGAAUUGAUUAGUUCACCUCCCGAGUCUUCGGGUUUGAGUCGUUCGUUCUUUUGUCACAGGACCCAUAGAAUGUUGCGCAAUGCGCAUGCGCGACUGGACGAAUCGCUCCUCGAGACGACUCGUUCUUCCCGAGUCGCAUUAAAGAUUCGUUCAAAAUGAACGAAUCGUUCAAGAACGACCCAUCACUACAGUUGAAGGCAAGGAGUUAACGGAUGCUCCACCCAAGCUGUCUAACAUACGUCAAGUGCUUCUUUAGAUUUUAAAUAAAAUUCAUGAGGGCACACAAUUUUUAAAAAGAGAAUGACCUACAUUGAUAAACUACAAUAAAUGCUGCAAUAUUUCUUGAAAAAAUAGAAAUGAUCGAUAAUUGGCACAGCGUAUCGAUUCUCGUAUCGCACGGAGAAGGACGACGAUACAUCGCCAUAUCGAUAUAUUGUCACACCCCUAGUAUUUACUACAUUAAACUUCAGUAAAAAUCUUGAGUACUCUAGUAUAUUUCAACCUGUAUAUCAAUAUAUCAACGUGGUUACAAAGUAAUGUCACGGUGACCAAAUGAAAAUGAAACUGGUGACGUCGUCAGAACGUACUGUGUUUGCGGGGAGCUGGGUAGUAUCUCAUAAUAAUGAGUUCAACAUUCAUAUUGACUUAUAAAAUAAAUGAAAAAAUCCCCAACCCUGGUGGAAACGGGCUUCCAUAUUUACGUCAAUCGUGUCACAAACGCGCUAAAAAAAAGCUUUUGGCUUUCCAUUCAAAUGUGAUGCAAAUCUUUUCAACGUUCGCACUAACUGAAAGAAAACUAAUGUGAAAUUGGCGUGUUUCCAUUAAGUUUCUUGUGCAGACUGGCAUAAAGUUGAUUUGACGCUUGACAAUGAUAUUCAGUCAUGAAAAAAAUCAAUAGAUCCUUAGUCGAUGAGUCUAACUGUAAAAAAUGGGCGUAUUUGUAAAGUAUUUAAACGUAAAAGUCAACACAGAUGAUGUUUAUUUGUUUAAAUCGUCCUAAAUGUGUAACGCAUAUAGGCUACCCUCAAGCAGUGACCCAGAUAGCACAGGUACGUCUGUAAGAUGUAUGUUAAACAUCUGGAAAACACAUGUGUGAAAACAUCUGCUAAACGUCUUAGGAAGAGCUGUUUUACAUCCAUUCUAAAUCAUAAACAUCUUACAAGAUGUCUGACAGCAGAUGUCUCAGACGUAUUGCAGAUGAGUAAACAUGCCAAACAAUAAAAAAAGUCUUGCAGAUGUAAAUGCAACCUCAAAUAGAUGUCUCCCAGAUGUUUGUGUGCCAUCAGGGCUCCUGGGUCCUAAAGUACCCCGCAUUUCUCACAGCACACACAGACAGAUGAUUUGCUGAAUUGUGUUGUGUUUAGAUGAAAAUCUGAUGUACUGUUUAAUCUGAACUAGAAAAACUUUUUACCUCAUGACCCGACGUGCCAUGAUUAGUGUUAAUGUUAUGUAGUGUUUACGCUAGCAUUUUGUCAGAAUGUGGCGCUUGAUAACGUCACAUGCUAAUUUAUAUAUCUGUGACAUCAUCACAUAGUUUUUAACCCUCCCCAAGAUAUCUCGUCGAUUAAAGCCCCAGGUAUACUUGACUUCCCGCGUCCAUCUCACGCACAAACGCGUCCGCACCACAUGCGCAGUACAAAUGUGUAUGUGUGCUCUACCAGACCGUCAGAGGGCAGCACUGAGUCGCGUCAUUCACAGACACACUGCAAAUGAAUGAUUGAGGAAGUGUUUUCGCCAUUGCAAACAAUCCGAGCAAACAGCAAGACAACAAGAACAACAACCAAACCGUAUGAAGAAGGAUAUGCUUCUUAGCGUACUGUUCUUGGUUUCAGCGUGUUGGUUAUGUAAUGUUGGUUAUGUUAUGGCUUUUCCUCACGCCAGAGAGAGUUUGUAAUGUGCAGGGUUUGAGUUUUCCGCGCUCAAGAGAGCUUGUGAUAUGCUUAACUCGGGCUUUUCUUCGCGCCAGAGAGAGUUUAUAAUGUGCAGGGUUUGAGUUUGAGAGAGAGCUUGUGAUGCGAGCAGCUCAGGUUUUUCCUUGCAGGACCUAUGAGGGUUUAAAACCAGAGCACGAGUUGUUCCCGUUUGGCAAUCAAGUAAUAACAGCACACGCGGGCGUCAAUGACGCAUUUGGAUUAAUGAUAUUGACUUACAGCAAUAGUUUACAUUCUCUCUUUUAAAAGGUUGUGGUGGGAAGUAACAAUGUUGCUGCACUGAACUUACACUGAUAGAAUGCUAAUUGCAGUGACACACAAGCAUUUUCUAGCCACGUAAGCUUCUGUUUUUGUCCACAAAUCCAGCUUGUCAGAGAUGAAUGCGUAAAUUGCCCCACCCCUCAAUACUAUCGUGAAUCGGCGAUCCACAGGCUGGCGAUAGAACGAUCACCUGACUAGAGAAUAUCGCCCAACUUUAUGGUCUGAUAGAAUUAGCAUUCUAUCAGACCAUAAUGAUGACAAAAAUCACAUCAUGUCGGGUGCGCGUGGACACGGACAGAUGGACCAUACGUGCUCCUUAAGAAACGGCGCUUCCCCGCCAAAGACGAGUGUAGCGAGGAAGGCGGGACGAGAGCCGUGGGGCAGGAAGGCGGGGCCAGUGGCGUGAGUGAUAAUGAGUGUCAGCUGUACGCGCACCAGUCCCGCAUGCCUCACGGGGAGCUAGGGAGCAUAAGAGGACGAGCGACGGGACUGCCGAAGAGAGAGGACCGGGCCCGGAAGUUAAGAUUGUUUAUGUUCGUGUGGCCGGCAGUCGACCGUGAGGUGGCUGCCGGCCUUUUAUUUGCUGAAUUAUUGUUUGUUUAUUUUGUAUUAAAGUUUGUUAAAUGUUCGCCGGUUCCCGCCUCCUUCCUUCCCUUCUAUUGAACCUUGUUACAACGAGUUAUUACGGCAAUCCGUGUUCUAGGUGUAGUACGGUAAGGAAAACCCUAGUGCAUGCCCAGAAUGAGUAACGGGACUUCUGGUGCGAAAUGCAAAGACAAUCCACAUAAACGGAACUACGGGAGGAUCAGAGAAAAUGUUGAUCAUCUCACAGAUAAAAGUGAAGAAGUAUACAACUGAACGGGCACUGGAGGUGUUGUUGGACACUGAUAGUUCAGAUGGCGAUUCUUCGGACACUUCGUGGAGAGAUUUAAGGCACAGGUCUCCUCCGUUCCGACGUGCGAGAGAGAAGAGAGGUAGAACACAGCAACACGGCAGAGGUUGGACACAUGAAGCACAUCAACAUGGUCCUGCUGAGGACCGGACAUGGGCCGCUGUGAACCAUCCUGAACCAGCUGAAGAUCCAGAACCUGUUAGUCACGAGUGGCAUGAAAUGAACUGGCAGCCAAAAAACCUUACCUUCACUGAAAAUCCUGGGCCUGUCAGUGAUGCUGCUGCUCUUCAUUCAGUAGAACCUAAAGACUUUAUUGAACUGUUCAUUUCUGAUGUAGUGAUUCAGAACAUUGUUGAUCAGACCAACAUGUAUGCAGAUCAGUGCAUUCAGGCUACGGAUGGUUCUUCACAACAUGCUAGAAUUCAUGCAUGGAAGCCUGUCACAGGUUCAGAAAUGAAAACCUUCCUGGGGCUGUUUUUUCUCACUGGUAUCAUUUAUAAGCCCGAACUUGAUAUGUACUGGUCCACAGAUGAAAUGGUAGCUACCCCCUACUUCAGCAAGGUCAUGUCUCGCAACAGGUUUGAAAUCAUAUGGAGAUUUCUUCACUUCAAUGAUAAUACAGCAAGGCCAGCCAAUGACACUGACAGGCUGUACAAAGUCCGCCCCGUCUUAGAUUACCUUGUGUCCAAAUUUCGUGAAAUGUAUCAGCCAAACACAAACAUUUGCAUCGAUGAGGGUAUGCUUCUUUGGCGGGGCCGCCUAGCUUUCAGGGUGUACAAUCCUAAAAAACCCAUCAAAUAUGGAAUAAAAUCCUACAUCUUGUGCGAUUCUGAAACGGGGUACUGUUUCAACAUGAAGCCCUACUGUGGAGAAAGUGCUCCCCUGAAAGACACCGUUGUCUCUCUUCUUGAUCGCCUAGCAGGUCAUGGCUACAGAUUAUUUAUGGAUACUUUUUACAACUCUGUGCCACUGUGUAAGCACCUACUUGAUUUGAAAACCCAUGUCUGUGGUACAAUUAGGAAUAACAGAGGUGAACCACCAGUCAUUCGAGAUCUCAGAAAUGCUGACCUUAGGAUUGGGGAAACAGUCAUGCGUCACAGUGAAAAUGUGAUGGUCUUGGCAUGGCGACACAAACAAACAGCGAAAAUGGUCACAACAUGCCAUGAGAACAACACAGAAGAAGUUGAGUUAUGGCAGAGAGGCCACCGAGACAAAAUUGCAACGCAAAAACCAGCAUGCAUUGUGGAAUACAAUAAUGCAAUGAAGGGAGUUGACAAAUUGGAUGAAAAUAUUGGGUACUACCCCUUUGUACGGAAGUCACAGAAGUGGACAAAGAAAUUUGUCACGUAUCUGUUGCAGAUCAGUUUGUUCAAUGCUUUUGUGAUUUACAAAGCAAAAAACCCACAAGGUAAUUGUAAAAGUCUCCUCUCUUUCAUCCAGAGUGUUGUAAAAUCAUGGACCAGCCAAGAACAGGCUGGUGGUGGGGAAGAAAGAGAUGACCCUCCAGCUGAAAACACUCCUAGAGCACCAUACAACACUGACCCUAUAAAUAGGGUGAAUGAACUUUUUGCCGUCCAUGCACUUGUUCCGAUUACUUCCACUUCCAAAAAGCAACGCCCGACGAGAAGAUGCAGGGUUUGUACACGUAAGGGUUUGCGAAGUGAAACCUCGUUGUACUGCAAAGGUUGUUGCGUCCCCUUACAUUCUGGGAAUUGCUACACGGUCUACCACUCAAAGAUAAACUACAGUGCCUAAAUUUGAUUUACUGGUAUUUUUUCUCUUGUGACAUCUGAUUGUAUUUUGGUUGAAAGUGCACUUUGUUUAUAAAAAUGCAUUUUCUCAGUUUUUUGUUCAAAAUGUUGUAUUUUUGAUGAAACCUAUCUGCAUUUCAGUGGUGAUAAAACAUGAACACAUGAAGCAGAGGCUUGGUUCUUUAUUUUGAUAUAUAUUAUGUUCAAAUACUCUGUGGGCCGUAAAAUUUUGGUGAAAAUCCUCAAGAAUGCUGGCGGUGGCUGGCAACUUAAAAAAAAAAACGCUGGUGGGGGAAAAGUUGAGAUGCAACGUUAGACCUGUUUCGCUUCUACUCUCUGAAUAUUGUGGAUUUUAAUAUAGUUUAUUGCCCAAUAAAGAUGUCCUCAUUUACAUUGUCUGACCAAAUCAACCACUACAAAUGCCUUAAAACGGCUAUUUUUGUUUUAUUCUUUCCCACCGUGCAUGGGCAGCAUCUGUCUGGGUAACCAUGUGCUUACAGACGAACUGUGUUCAUGUUUAUAUAUCCAAACAGUGGAUAACGGUGGCAGGUUUUGGAAACGCAGUUUUGCCCUCUUUUAUUCACGUGUCGGUCGCGGUACGGUGAACUGAAUGUGCUGUUUCUCUCUCCCGCAGUACUGAUGACAGUUUCCAACUGAAUAAAGCUAAGGUUUAUCCGAAAAGACGCUAGCUUUGGUGUUAUGUGCUUCUUCUAAAUCUGCUAAAUCUAGUGAAAGAGAUGCUAAUUUAGCAACAUUGGCCGGACAAAUUAGGAAUGAAUGGGAAACAAUGCGUCACUUAGAAGUGUAGCCGAGGCAAAGAGGAUUUUUGGUGUGGCGACGCACCGCGGCAAAGUGAAUAUAGCGGAAACACUUUUAUUUUAUUUUACAGGUAAAUUCAAUAUUAAAUUUGAUUUACAUCAGGACUUCUUUGACAUUUCUAGAACAUUUUAACAAAACUGUGAUAAUACUGAUAGUUGCGAAAAAAAUGUUGGUCACUAUAACCGUGAUUUGAAAUGUUCAUUCCGUUUCA